UUAACUGUCUUGCCUAGUUAAUUAAAUAAAAAAAUAAAAAAACGUUAAUACACUAAAUAGCCACCAGAGGACAAGCUUUUUCCUGGAAGAGAACCUUGAUGUCCCCACGCCUGCCCAGUGCAUUCAGUAUCGGCCAUGUCUGGUUGCGAGACAGAAUACAGCUUUUGUCAAAUGUGAUGUAAAAAGUAUGUUUGUUUUUUGCAUUUUAGUUAACACCACACCUUUUACUAAUCGUAACUUAAUCCUCCUAACCUUCUACGUAAACUCUCAUUAACCUGAUAUGAAAAGUCAAAUUUAACAAAGCUUUAUCCCUUCUAGACAAAACCCUCAGUACCGCCUCCCCUCAGACCAACGUGACAGGAAUCAGAAUUGCGGAUGACGGUGCCACUGGGUCUUGUUUUCAGUUAGCCUUAGAUAAACAAGGGGUGCUGCUGGUCCUACAGACAAUCUACGGAUGAGAUAGUAGAAUCGGCUGGGGAAGUCGGUUACAUACAGAGCUAGAGUAAUGGCAACAGUUAAACCAGAUGACAGACUGACACGUUCUCAGGGCUUUAUGUGCGUUGGUUUUGCUGGAGUUUUCAGUAAAACUGUCACGUCGCCUCUGGAGUUGGUGAAAAUCAAGAGUCAAGUAGGCACAUUUCACUGUAAAAAAGGCUUUCUGCACAGCUUUCUUGUCGUCUACCAGAAUGAAGGCCUACGGGGAUUUUGGAAGGGAAACCUCGUCUCCUGUCUCCGCCUGUUUCCUUACAGCGCCGUCCAUUUGGCAACAUACAAACAUAUCGUCCACCUCCACAUGGAUGAAUUGGGCUACAUCUCUCAGUGGAGGGCAAUUUUGGCUGGUGGGCUAGCUGGUGUGAGUGCUGCACUGGCCACGUACCCUCUGGAGGUGGCAGAGACUCGCCUCAUAGCUCAGAACUGCAGAGAGCCCACAUACAGGGGGGUGGUCCACACGCUCUCCAAGAUAUACCAGACCGAAGGCCUUCGAACACUCUACAGUGGAUUCUCUCUCACAGUCUUAGGUGCGUUUCCCUUCUCCAUUGGUUGCUAUGCAGUCUACGUCAACUUGGAUAAGCUGUGGCGGGAGCCCCAAUUCCGGUUCACUCCACUACAGAACUUCAUCAAUGGCUGCUUAGCGGCAGGAAUAGCGCAAACCUUCUCCUACCCCUUUGAAACUGUGAAAAGGAAAAUGCAGGCCCAGAAUCCUCGGCUCCCGCAUUACGGUGGGGCCGAUGUCCACUUCACUGGAAUGCUGGACUGCUUCAGGCAGGUGAUCAGAAACAAGGGCAUCCUGACACUGUGGAGUGGCAUCACAGCCAACAUGAUCAAGAUUGUCCCUUACUUUGGCCUUCUCUUCAGCUGCUUUGAGAUGUGCAAGCAGGUCUGUCUGUACCGCAACGGGUACAUUGUGUCUCCAUUGAGCUAUAAGUUGGCACCAGGAGUGGACCAGAGCAUGGGCCCCACUGAGGUGGAAGAGGUGAAACGGUACUUGAAGAAUAGGAGUUUUCAGUCACAGCAAGGAAGUCGCUGGUAAAACUGGUGGAUCAAAAACGCCUGGAUUUCUGAAGGGGAUGAUGAUCAUUAGUACAGGAAAGUGUCGGAAUGAUGAUGGAAAGGAGUCAGGAAUAUUUGUUGGAAUGCUUCAAUGCUUUGAAGAUGACUAUUUGGUUGAUGUCAGGUCUUUUACAGCUUUGUGUUUGUGUAUUAGCAACCAUUUCAGAAUCAGAGGUAGAUCCAUUGAUAUUUGAAAGUUGCAAUGCAAUCAUAAGAAUUGCACUUCUAUACUCAACACAUGGGAAAAACGUUUUAACUGUUUGUUCAUCAAUUCCUCUUUCAGAGUUAAAGUAUUUUUUUUAUGAUAGUUUUUUGACAGUUCUGUGUUAUUACUACAGUUUAUUUAUUCAUGCUUAUGGGCUGCAGGUAGCCUAGAGGCUAAGAGCUUUGGGACAGUAAGAGAAAGGUUGCUGGUUUGAAUCCCUGAGCUGCUGAUGUGCCAUUGAGCUUGGCACGUAACCCUAAUUGCUCCUGUAAGUCGCUCUUGAUAACAGCGUCUGCUAAAUUACCAUUUUUAAAUGUUACGGCGCUGACCUGGUUCUAACAAUGGUCUUGGCCUUAUGUAAUGGCCAUGAAGAGGAACACAAAGCACAAACCUGUUUAUAAAAUGGAAUUAUCUUACAAUGCAAAUGAAUGCUUUUUUUCAUUAUAUUUGUAAUGUAGUAAUUACUACUAUUUUAACAGACUUGGGUAUAUCAUUUAUGUGCCUUAAGGUUUCCUUUAUUGAUUAUAGGGCUUAUUUUGAUGACUGUUUUAAUUAUGAUAGGUAGUUAUGUAAUUAUUCACACAGGUAUCUGAGUCGAAGCCAUUAAUCAGUUGCUAACUUUCAUAGCACAUACUGUAUCGUUGUGAUCCUAGCAAUAAAAUUGUAACUGAAGCACUUCAGUGUCACUGAGAAUUAAAGGGGAAAGGAAACACUAGGCCUUAGAAUGCCAGUUCACUGUAACUAACUCCUAAAGUGUUUCCAUUCCCCUUUAAGAUUACGUGUAUACGGUAUGUAAUACAUUUGAUGGAUGAAAUUAUGCAAAUGUAUAAUUAAUUAUUUUAGAUUGAGAUGAUUCAGAAUCAUUGAAGUAAAUUUUACUUGAACAGUCAUUGUAAUGGACAAAUAAAUUCCUUUGCUAAGCAAGGUGGUGUGGCUCUCCUGAACAUGGGUUGACAAUGUAUGGAUGACAACACAAAUUCCAUUUGUACUUAUGUAACAGUAUAACGUUAGAUCGUCCCCUCGCCCAUACCCGGGCGCGAACCAGGGACCCUCUGCACACAUCAACAACAGUCACAAAGCAUCGUUACCCAUCGCUCCACAAAAGCUGCAGAGCAAGAGCAAGCGACGUCUCCGAUUGAAACGCUAUUUAGCGCGCACCACCGCUAACUAGCUAGCCGUUUCACAUCCGUUACACUUAUACAAAGGAAAUUAAUGGAGCAAUAUCUCCCUCAGUAUCAUAUUUGGCAGGACACUACAUUCAGAAGAAUGUCUCUGAUGGAAAUGUUGAUUACAGAAUGUGGUUCUAUCCUUCAGGAUUUCUAUCUCAAAGGCUCUAAGAGGUGCACCCUACAGAGAAUACCCUAGUCAGGUGACUAACCUGAUCAGCUACCGUUCCCCCAGUGCGAGCUGACCCCACCACCUUAUUACAGUAAGCCUGUAGACGGCAGCAUUUCAUUUUCCCAAAAGAUGUAAUGGAUAUUUGAGGAGCUGAUGCUUUUUUAUUUUGUCACAAGGAAGUUUGAUCACAGGACUGACUAUCAUUGUCACUUUGUAUGACUGUAAGAUAAGUUGUGUCAAUGUCAUAAUAUAACAUAUCAGAUCUGCUUGACCAUGGCAUUUUAUCUAAAAGGAAUUUUAAGGAACUGCAGAGUCAAGGACAUUUUAACCUGGUAGUGAAUGGGAUGACCUUUUCCCCCUGUAUCUAAGUGUCCUCUGGCUCUCACAGCUGAUGAUUAACACAGAGUAGUAGACAGGAGGUUCAGCUGCUCCAAGCUGCCAUACUUUUCACAUGACCUUGGUUCCAGAACUCAACCUAAAGUUGGUAAGGCAUAAUCAAGGUUUGAUGAGUGUUAUUCACUCCCCAUCAACCAUGUAGACGUACUGCACCUAGAACCUAUUGAAUGACAUGAAAAUAAAAAGUAAUAUUUUAAACUUUGGAUAUAACUUUUAUCACGUGUAUUAUUAAAGGCCAAAAUGUCAUGAAUGAUAUGAAUUAAAUGUUUAUUUUGAAAUACUUUGGAGCAGAGGCCAACAACGCAGCUUAAUUCAAAUUCACGAAGACCGGACAAAUCUCUCAUCUUUCAGGCGAGGGUACAAUCAUUAAAAUAGGUUUCCGCCUACUAAAUCCACUAGCGCACCAAUGGCAUGCCGCCUUCCAGCUCCCGUUUUGUCUCGCGAACACAGUGGUAUUAAAUCCUCUCUCAACUAAAUGGAUCGGCCAUUUCGACUGAGCCGGUAUACCCCAGUAGUCCUUUUGUUGAACGGGAAGGUUUCCGUGUAACAACGUCCUCGAUAACAACCGAAAAUGAA